CUUGUAUUUUGGCAGUGCAGUUUAUUAAGCAGGAAGUAAGUUAAACUCUCGUUGACAACAGAUUUCUGACAUUUCUGAAACUUGCGUUUCACAGGCUCUGCUAGAAAACUCCAAUGACUGUUGUGAAAGAAUAAAGAGGAUGAAUGAAACAUGUGCAAAUAUUUCACUCUGUAAUCCUGGGCUCCUUCAAGUUCAGGAGAACAGUACAUUUUGUGUGUCCUGUGACUCAGCUGAACAGGGGAAUUCAACUUCAUUUAACAAUACAAGGAUUAGUCACUUUCCAGGAGCAUUAAUCAAAAUGAUUGGUGGCCCGGCUGUAGCGGCUUCUGUCCUUCUAGGAACUCUACUGAUCAGCCUGGGCCUCAUCCUCUCGGUUGCAUCUUUCUUUUACCUUAAGCGUUCCAACCGCCUCCCUGGAGUCUUCUACAGGCGCAAUAAGGCUUUUAUAUUCCAACCAAGUGAGACGGCUGUCAUGAUUCCUGAAGCUACAUCUUCAGUUCGCAAGCCAAGAUAUGUCAGGAGGGAGAGGCCUUCAGCAACAUCAGCAUCCAACAGUGCUACUGUGGCAACAGGGGCAGUAACCAAGGUAUACAAUGUGUGAGCAGCCUCCAAGGGCCAUCUGUAAGCCCCAUUUCAAAAUAUGAACCUGUCCUAUAGCACAGUUUCCUUAUGGGAUUGUUAACUUUUUUUGGUGAAACUUUCCUUAAAGUUAUGUAGGCUACACAAGGCAUCCAUGUUCUUGAUGUAGGCUUUUAUUUUGGAAAACUUUUUUUAGAUCAUCUUUUACAGAUAUUUAUUUUUAUUUAUAUAUUUUUCACACAAUUCUUUCUUUCUUUCUUUCUUUCUUUCUUUCUUUCUUUCUUUCUUUCUUUCCUUUUAAAAGUCCAGGUGUUGCACUACUAGAGUAUUUUUUAUUGUUCAGCUAUAAUUCAGUCAAUCAAGUUGUUUUCUCAAUGAAUUUUGUACUGUUUAUAUUUAUUACCUGUAUGUUUGUGUGAUAUUGUACUUUUGAAUCUUGUGACAUUGUAACUAGGCUCCAAAACAAGACUUCCGCAAUUAGUCAUACUCGCACACAAUCAACUCCUCAAACCUCAUAAAUAAAUAGGCAUUAGCAUAUAUUUACCAUUUGGUUAAAACCAUUUUAGUGUUUGGCUCCUGUACACUCAAAUAUUAUAUUUUCUAUUAAUCCUUUACAGUCUCAACUGCACUUAUUGAUGGUAUAUACUGUACAUUUGCUGGAAAUACCCUCUGUGAUCAUUGAAAAUACUUUAGGCUUGGGUUUCUGUGUUAACAGCAUAUUCAUGUUAUACUAACAUGUGUGCAUGAAAUGUCAAAUUGCUAACAAUAGCACAUUCCUCGCUAUGUUAAACAUAAAAUGUUCUGGCUUGCACCAAAGAAGUUUGAGUUAUAACGGUACAUUCAAAUUUGCAAAUACACAAUAUAUAAUUAAAAUUGUUGUUAAAAACUGUUGCCAAACAAGGAGUUAACUAAAACAUUGAUUUCUCAUUUAUUCCUUUUUCCCACUGUAAAAGAUAAAGUGCCAUUAAGUGAAUGUGCUAAUGGAUGAAGUUACCAUUUUUGAUUUUGUACAUUUUAUACAAAAUUAGAAUGUAAAAGUAUGAAAGAACUUGGUUGAAAAACAAUCUAAAUGCUUCAUAAUUUCGUAGUGUCAUAAGAGAGAGUGAUACAUUGGUAUUUGUAUGAAAGGGCUGGAGCAGUCAGUUACUUUUUUAACUUUACUUUAAAAAGUGUUUAUUGGAAAUAGUGGCCUUUUAGUAAGCCAUAUCAUCCCCUAUGCCUAUAUAUGUAUGAUUUUCUGUGUUGUUUUUAGUUUUUUAAUUUGUAAUAAUGGUUCUGUUUAUUUAAAGAAUUAUGUUUGAUUUUUUUUCUACAUCUUUUCUAUUUCUAAGGGGUAUUUGAACAUUGUUGUUUUGUAAAAUCUUCAGUAUGCUGGAUUAAGGAAAAGUGAGGAAUGUUUACUUGAUGUAAAGUUAAAUGUCGUGCUUUCAUGGGGAUUACAUCAGUGAUUCUGAUUUUAGAAAAUAACCACUUAAAUUCAACUUAUUUCUCAUGUCAUUUUAUUGGCUGUUGUGCAGCAACUGGAAAGCAUGUCAGUAUAUUUUGGUGCGAUUGAUGCUGUUGAUUAACUUUUUUUGUAUGUCCUAAUAGAGUAUUGAUCACAAACUGAAUAAUAUUUGAUGAAGAUUUCAGUGUUUACAGAAAUAAAAGAUAUUUUGAUUUA